AAUUGUAGAAAUAGGCGGGGUUUACGACUGUGGUAACUAGUGACGGCCCCGAUGAUGCGGAUUUUGUUUGUUUCAGUGUUAUUCAACGAUCAGAAAAAGGAAAACAAUAUAGUUGAUUUUAAGUUAAAUAGCGACUGACGGCCUGUAAUUGUAAUAAUUAACAAAUACAAGGCCUGUUUUGACGCUGAAUUAUAUUCGUAACGAUUUUAUUGACAAGUAAUCAGCCCUUAUGGCUGCCAACAAGAAUUUAGAGGUAAGUUGGGAAAGCUGGGUACUGUAGCUAAUUAUCAACCCACCCAGUGUAGCUUGCUAACGUUCAAUAGAUACAGUGAUUCAUUUUUGGUUAUGUUAGCUAGGUAAUCAAAUGUUCAACUUGCCGUUAUACCAGUGUCGAUGUGAGCUAGCUAGCUAUCUGGCUACGGUAAAGUUAUGCUAGCGUGUUAGGUAGCUAGCCUGCUGAAUAUAUGUUUUGUUACUGCGAGCUUGCCAAUUUGAGGACAGAACAGCAGUUAACAUUAACAUUAGUCACUCAAAUUCUUUGAAGCCUGCGUAACUAGCUAGCUUACUUCAAAUUGUUUGAUUAACGUAAGCUUUUACCUGAAACUUGAUCGCAUGAACGUUUCCUAGAAGCUAGCUACAGUAGUUGACAUGUUCAUGUUGGUUUAAAUGUGUACAAUAAUUUACCCCUUGCCUUGGGUUUUCGAGAGCUAGUGUCCCCCAAGCAAGGCCAAGACGAUCUGAAAUUUCAAUAACAAGCAAGUACCGUGAUAAUGUAAUCGACUAGUUAACUGUCUAACAAAACCUGUCGUGAACUGAUUGUUGAUAGCUAACUAAUUGGAUUAGCCUAUUUGGUUCCCUGUCAGUCUAACUGUUUGUAGGAAGUGAAACUGCAGCAAUGCAUUUUGUGCAAUUUUAGGUUUAGAGAUGGGGGGAAGCAACUUUUUUUUAACAAUGUUGUGGUUCGUUUCUAGCGUGUUACCUAGCUUAUGCUAAGUUAGCUGGCUAGCCAGUUCAAAUAAUGACCAACAUAACGUUAGCUGACAACGUCUUAACUUGAGCUAAUUAGUAUUAAUUACAGGAAAAAUAAACUCACAACAAGAUAGUUAUAAGUUAAUGGCGAGUUAAUUACAGAAAAUAGCUUACGCUUGUGAGUGUGACGAAAUAAAAAGCAGGGCAUUCUACCGGAGAAUUUUAGAAAUUGGACACUCGUUUGCCUAACGUUAUAUCCUAAUUUGACUUUGGUGCAGGUCAUGUUGUUCUUCACAUUACCGUCUCUGGUAAACAUUUACAUUUUAGUCAUUUAGCAGACGCUCUUAUCCAGAGCGACUUACAGUUAGUGAAUGCAUACAUGUUUAUUUUCUUAUAUAUUUUUCUCAUACUGGCCCCCCGUGGGAAACGAACCCACAUCCCACACACUAUUUGAAAUAAAAUCUGUUUAUUUGUCACGCACAGGAUACAGAAGCUGUAAACGGUAGUCUUGUUUAGAUGUAUCUAGCUAGCUAUGCAAUGAACCAUAAUCACAACUCAUAACGUUAAUACCAUGCAUGAAUCUGCUGGCAGCUAAAACUAACCAACUAGGUUCAAUGUUAGCUAGUUAGCUAACAUUAGGCUAUAACUAGCAAUGCAAAUAGCUCUGAAAUACACAUUUAAUUACUACACAGAUCAUACACGUAACCGUAGCUAGCGAACCAGCCAACUAAAUGUUAGCUAGCUAACAGUAUGCUUUAACUUGCAAUGAAAACGACUUUCUGACAAAAUUAGAAACGUAUAAUAUCUGAAAAUGAAGCUAGCUAGACUCUCUUACACACAUACAUGGAUGAACGCUUCUCCCUCUCUGUCACGGAUGCCAUGGUUGCCCUUAGUUUGAAGAUGUUAUCCGGAGACAGGUGUUUUAUACAACAGCCUUUUGUGUGUUUUCUUUUCGACUCCCUCUUCAAAUUUGCCAUCAAACACCAGAAUUUCCCCCAUCUUCUCCUUAGCUAUCAUACUCUGCUUCAAUCGGACAUUCCACUGAUUUCAAAACUUGGUCCUCCAGAAAGUGGAGAGCAUCUUUCAAAAAAGCCAAGUUUGAAAGGAUUACCUACACAUGUUAUAGACAGAAACGUGCAUGGCAGACCAAUCCGAACUCAUCUCUCAGCAUGUCCAGCCCAACCAUUAUCACCGCUAAUCAUGGCUAGUGGGAAGGUUCCUGUCUUUUUUCCCGUGGCUAAACCAACUAGGCUCGUAAUUUUAACAAUUGUAGUCGUAUUUACGAUGGCAUACAAGUUUGUUAUUAAGGCACAGGAAAAUUGUUCCAGAAGGCAUUUCUGCCAAAAAAACGCAUUCAAAUGCCUCUCCUGUGAAGUAGUGAUGCGCGACAUACGCCUAGUUUCCUGAAAGAUAUAUAUAUAUAUAUAUACAUACAUACACACACACAUACAGUGGGGGGAAAAAGUAUUUAGUCAGCCACCAAUUGUGCAAGUUCUCCCACUUAAAAAGAUGAGAGAGGCCUGUAAUUUUCAUCAUAGGUACACGUCAAAUAUGACAGACAAAUUGAGGAGAAAAAAUCCAGAAAAUCACAUUGUAGGAUUUUUAAUGAAUUUAUUUGCAAAUUAUGGUGGAAAAUAAGUAUUUGGUCACCUACAAACAAGCAAGAUUUCUGGCUCUCACAGACCUGUAACUUCUUCUUUAAGAGGCUCCUCUGUCCUCCACUCGUUGGUGUGUACAUGUCCAGGCCCGUCUGAAGUUUGCUAGAGUGCAUUUGGAUGAUCCAGAAGAGGAUUGGGAGAAUGUCAUAUGGUCAGAUGAAACCAAAAUAUAACUUUUUGGUAAAAACUCAACUCGUCGUGUUUGGAGGACAAAGAAUGCUGAGUUGCAUCCAAAGAACACCAUACCUACUGUGAAGCAUGGGGGUGGAAACAUCAUGCUUUGGGGCUGUUUUUCUGCAAAGGGACCAGGACGACUGAUCCGUGUAAAGGAAAGAAUGAAUGGGGCCAUGUAUCGUGAGAUUUUGAGUGAAAACCUCCUUCCAUCAGCAAGGGCAUUGAAGAUGAAACGUGGCUGGGUCUUUCAGCAUGACAAUGAUCCCAAACAUACCGCCCGGGCAAUGAAGGAGUGGCUUCGUAAGAAGCAUUUCAAGGUCCUGGAGUGGCCUAGCCAGUCUCCAGAUCUCAACCCCAUAGAAAAUCUUUGGAGGGAGUUGAAAGUCUGUGUUGCCCAGCGACAGCCCCAAAACAUCACUGCUCUAGAGGAGAUCUGCAUGGAGGAAUGGGCCAAAAUACCAGCAACAGUGUGUGUGAACCUUGUGAAGACUUACAGAAAACGUUUGACCUGUGUCAUUGCCAACAAAGGGUAUAUAACAAAGUAUUGAGAAACUUUUGUUAUUGACCAAAUACUUAUUUUCCACCAUAAUUUGCAAAUAAAUAAAUUUAAAAUCCUACAAUGUGAUUUUCAGGAUUUUUUUUUCCUCAUUUUGUCUGUCAUAGUUGACGUGUACCUAUGAUGAAAAUUACAGGCCUCUCUCAUCUUUUUAAGUGGGAGAACUUGCACAAUUGGUGGCUGACUAAAUACUUUUUUCCCCCACUGUAGUAUUUCCCCAAAAAGUAUUUAGUCAGCCACCAAUUGUGCAAGGAUCUUCACCUUUUAAAGACGCUGUUUUGUCAUUUAUCCAGAAAGUAAUCUAUGGGGCCAGGAGAGACAGUCAGUCAUCCAUGGUUAAGAUUUGUUUCAAAAGCCGAUGCCGACUUGAGCUAUCUUUAGCCAACAAAAAACGAUUGAAGUGAUGGGGGCAAGCUCACCAUGCUAAAAAAAAUUGUCGCAAAAUCACAGGUAAGUAACUUCAAACCAGGGUUACUGUUAGCAGGUAAUAGCCAGCUUUUUGCCCAUUUUUAAUUAAAAGCAAAGUAAAACUGGCGGCAGCCAAUUGUCCAGGAGAAGAAAAAUCACAUAGAAAAUAUAAUGCUUUUUAGCCUAUUAAUUGAUAGAAAUACUAGGCGAUGUAAAUGAAAUUGACGGGUUAGUGGAAUUAAAUUGGCCCCUGUAUUUUCAUAGUUUAUCACAGGCACAGCCUAUGAGCGGAAAAUCUGUCAGGACAGCUUCAGAGCUGCUGCUGCUACAGCUUCUCAAGUUAAUUCCUUGCUGCUGGAGUGAAUUGCUUUUAUAAGCACAAUCAUUGCGUAACAAUUAUAAUGUGUUUUAAAAACAGUUUUGAUGGCCAUGAUUAAAAAUAAUUUUUUUAUUUCUGAAGUGGUAAUUGAAGCGUGCUUCCCCAUUCUCCAUUCAAGUGCAUAUAGGCACCUAACUGUAGGCAGGCUUCAGAGCGUCACACACCACUGACUUUGCAAUGACGUGGAGGCAGUAUGCGUUUUGAAAAAAUAUCCUUAAUUGUUCGAAAUCUUAACGUUUUACUUCAUAUUAUGAGGCAUGUCUUACCUUGCUUCAGAGUAAAAUCCAACCAUAGAAACAUGGAGGCAAUUAUUUUAUAAAGACUUCCAUAUGCCAUUGAAACCAGUAGCCUAUUUCUCUCAUGUUCUAUUAGUUUUCAAAUCAACUUUAUUUCAUUGUCCAGUAGCCAAAGGCACAAUCCUAGUCAUAUUAGCAACCCGUGCUAGUUGUUGCAUCUUUCGAUUUCCCCUCUUUCUAAAUUUCUAACGGAUGUUGUCAUCUGUCACAUGAAAUCGCUCUCUGCCGUACGCUUUGACAAUGGUGCUUUCCCGUUAAUUGCAUUAUGGAACGAACAUUCACGCGUAGCCUACUGCCUUGUGCGCAUUGCUGCGCUUAUAAUGUGAAGAAAUAAUAGUUUAUCAACAUUUUAAGCUAUACCUUCUUAUUUGUUGCAUCAGCCUCAUUGCUUUUUAAUGUUUAUUUUUAUUUUAUGUAGCCUAGGCCUACUGGUUGUAUGAAUUUGGGAUCUAUCGUCUAACUAAAUAUGUUCUCUAAUUCACGGGAAAAUUUAUCUGAUAGGCUACAUAUUCACUCAUUGGAUGGCUCUCUCAUUGAGCUGGUUCCCGCUAAUAAAUAUCUGGGUAUUUGGAUUGAUAAAGAUAUAACGUUUAAAAAAUACAUACUGAUGAGCAAGUUAAAAAGCUAAGAUUUAAAGUGGGCCUCCUUUUUUAGAAAUAGAUCUUGCCUCUACAUGAACAGCAGGAAGCAGAUUAUGCAGUCAACUUUCCUGCCAGUUCUUGACUAUGGUGACACCAUUUACCAGAAUGCAGCAGCCACUACUCUUAAACCAUUGGAUGCCAUCUACAGCACCCUUCACUUUAUUACAGGUCACAGUUUUAAUACUCAUCACUCAUCACUGCAUCCUGUAUCAGAAAGUUGGCUGGACCUCACUAAUGUCCUGUAGAUCACUUAAUUACUCGCUUCUUGUUUACAAAGCUCUGCUCCACAAGCUUCCAACAUACCUCACUUCCCUGUUGAAAUAUAAAAAUAUGAGAUACCAAACCCAUUUGCAGGGUUGGUUAACUCUUGAGGUCCUUCUUGUCUCCACAACAUUUGGUAAAUCCGCCUUUAGUUUUAACGCACCACAGUUAUAGAAUACUUUACAAACAAAUUACACCUGCAAUCCCUGGUGCCCAUAGGGCAGUUUAAAACGUUGUUAAAUGAGUUUACUGAAGUGUGCAAUUGUUUCAAUUGACUAUUAUAACUUGUUGUAAUAACCUGAUGUAAUGUAUUUAUAGCUGUCUUGUAGUUUUCAUAUUUUGGUUAUGUUGAUGGUAUUUUUGUCCUCAGGGCACCAUUGCAAUUGAGACACUGGUCUCAAUUGGGCUCCCCUCCCCCCCCAAAAAAACCUGUCCCAGAGUCUGUUUGAAAUAGGCUAUUUCUAUCUUGCACAGAACAACAUGCUGACCAAUAGAAUAGGCAGUGGUGGAAAAAGUACUCAAUUGUCAUACUUGAGUAAAAGUAAAGAUACCUUAAUAGAAAAUGACUAAAGUGAAAGUCACCCAGUAAAAUACUACUUGAGUAAAAGUAUUUGGUUUUAAAUAUACUUAAGUAUCAAAAGUAAAUGGAAUUGCUAAAAUGUACUUAAGUAUCAAAAGUAAAAGUAUGUAUAAUUUCAAAUUCCUUAUAUUAAGCAAAACAGACGGUAUCAUUUUCUUGUUUUUUAAAUUUACGGCUAGCCAGGGGCACACCAUCACUCAGACAUAAUUUACAAAUGAAGCAUUUGUGUUUAGUGAGUCCACCAGAUCAGAUGCAAUAGGGAUGACCAGACAUGUUCUCUUGAUAAGUGUGUGAAUUGGACAAUUUUCCUGUCAAAAAUUACUUUUGGGUGUCAGGGAAAAUGUAUGGAGUAAAAAGUACAUUAUUUUCUUCAGGAAUGUAGUGAUGUAAAGUAAAGUAGUCAAAAAUAUAAAUAGUAAACUACAGAUACCCCAACAAACAACUUAAGUAGUACUUUACACCACUGAGAAUAUGUACACUUUCUACUAUGUGGGAUGUUAGGUUGACAUAGGCUAGUGAUUUUGCUGUUUGUUACUAAUCUUGUUUGCUGAGUUAAAGUAAAUGUGGCAGUUAUUCUAACAGCCUUCAAAGUCAGCAUUGAAAUUUGGUAAGAAGGACGCAUGCCGUUGCAUAUUCUGUUAAGAUAAAUGUGAUUUCUGACAUUACUGAGCACCGUGGGUGGACGUCCUAAUCCGGUUACACACCCAAUGCAUGUGGGUCCGGAAAGUUUCUGAAAUGCCGGUUAUAUUAAAAUGCUGCCGGUCAAAUAUCCGACACCACAUUUUCCUAACGGAAACCCUGCUUCAAACCUUGUCUUUGAGUUGAUUUGGUCACGCAAUUUUGUGAAGCUUGUCCCUAUUCAUAGUUUUUUGGUGAAGUUCGCUCAAGAUAGCAGUGGCUUUUGAAACUAAACAAAACUGUGGAUAACAAUCUCUCCUGGCCGCAUAUACGUUUUUCAGAGUACAUGGAAAAUGGAAGUCUAAAAAAAGACAUCCUUAUAACAUUUUAUUUGGUCCUCUCAAAACACUAAUUGAAACACCUUAGCUCUGGAACAACAUUUAGUUUCAUACCCUCAGUAUUUGAUAAAAUGUUGUGCUCACAGGCCUUUUAUCUGAAUGAGCAGCCUGGUCUCAGACUAGAAAUAACAUAGUAAAUGUAAAUACUGGACAAUCAAAUUAGUAUGAUAUGUAAAGUUUGGUAUGAUUUCAUAACGCAAAUGUCUAGCAAUCCAAAGGCUGCAAGUUUGAAUCUCAUCACGGACAACUUUAGCAUUUUAGCUAAUUAGCAACUUUUCAACUACUUACUACUUUUUAGCAACUUUGCAACUACUUGGCAUGUUAGCUAACCCUUCCCCUGACCCUAACCUUAAUCCUUUUAGCUAACCAUAACCCUUUAACCUAACUCCAAAACCUAACCCUAGCCGCUAGCCUAGCUAACGUUAGCCAGCUAGCUAGAAUUUGUAACAUAUCAUACAUUUAGAAAAUGUGUAACAGAAUGUACAUUUUGAAAAUUGUUAACAUUUAUUACGAAUUGUAAUUAAUAACAUAUCAUACGAAAUGUGUGAUGGACAUCCACAAAUUAAUACAUACCAUACGAAACGUAACAUAUCAUACUAAAUGGAGCGUCUCGGAUUUACACUAUAUAAACAAAAGUAUGUGGACACCUCUUCAAAUUAGUGGAUUCAUCUAUUUCAGCCACACACGUUGCUGACGGGUGUAUAAAAUCUAUCACACAGCCAUGCAAUCUCCAUAGACAAACAUUGGCAGUAGAAUGGCCUUACUGAAGAGCUCAGUGACUUUCGACGUGGCACCGUUACAGGAUGCCACCUUUCCAACAAGUCAGUUCGUCACAUUUCUGCCCUGCUAGAGCUGCCCCGGUGAACUGUAAGUGUUGUUAUUGUGAAGUGGAAAUGUCUAGGAGCAUCAAUGGCUUAGCCGGCGAAGUGGUAGGCCACACAAGCUCACAGAACGGGACCGCCGAGUGCUGAAGCACGUAAAAAAUAAUCUGUCCUUGGUUGCAACACUCACUACUGGGUUCCAAACUGCCUCUGGAAGCAACGUCAGCACGAGAAUUGUUCGUCGGGAGCUUCGUGAAAUGGGUUUCCAUGGCUGAGCAUCCAUGGAAACCCAAAUCACCAUGUGCAAUGCCAAGCGUCGGCUGGAGUGGUGUAAAGCUCGCCACCAUUUGACUCUGGAGCAGUGGAAACGCGUUCUCUGGAGUGAUGAAUCACGCUUCACCAUCUGGCAGUCCAAUGGAUUAAUCUGGGUUUGGCGGAUGCCAGGAGAACACUACCUGCUCCAAUGCAUAGUGCCAACUGUGAAGUUUGGUGGAGAAGGAAUAAUGGUCUGGGGCUGUUUUUCAUGGUUCGGGCUAGGCCCCUUAGUUCCAGUGAAGGGAAAUCUUAAUGCUACAGCAUACAAUGACAUUCUAGAUGAUUCUGUGCUUCCAACUUUGUGGCAACAGUUUGGGGAAGGCCCUUUCCUGUUUCAGCAUGACAAUGCCCCCAUGCACAAAGCGAGGUCCAUACAGAAAUAGUUUUUCGAGAUCUGUGUAGAAGAACUUGACUGGCAUGCACAGAGCCCUGACCUCAACCCAUUGAACACCUUUGGGAUGAAUUGGAACGCCGACUGCGAGCCAGGCCUAAUCGCCCAACAUCAGUGCCCGACCUCACUAAUGCUCUUGUGACUGAAUGGAAGCAAGUCCCCGCAGCAAUGUUCCAACAUCUAGUGGAAAGCCUUCCCAGAAGAGUGGAGGCUGUUAUAGCAGCAAAGGGGGGACCAACUCCAUAUUAAUGCCCAUGAUUUUGGAAUGAGAUGUUAGAUGAGCAGGUGUCCACAUACUUUUGGUCUUGUAGUGUACGUACAGAAUUAUUCGAAAUGCUCUGAGACCAGGUUGGAAGGAGGAGUUCCUGGUUCCUAAUUGAAGAUGCAUUUUGUGAUGACAUUGGUCAAUCACCUUUGACAAGCACCUUUUUAUUAGUGCUCUGAUUGAUAACCACUCUUUAGGGAUGGUGAAAGCAAGAGACAGAUGUGACAGGCCUUUACAGUACAUUCCUCUGAAUACUAAGUGUUUUCUGUAUUAUAUUACUUGUAUUACUAUUAUAUUAAACGCUAGUGCCAAAUUCAUAGGAAGAAGAUCACAAUUGCGUUAAAUUAAUUUCCUCAGUCAUUCUGUGCGGUUUUGGCACAGUCCCUUCCAACAAGUCCUGUGCGACUUGUGAGCAUUGUAGAGGGAGACAAGACACAUUUAUGUUCCUGGGAGUCUUACCUUUCAGUUACGGGGUCAUAAUAGCUAAUAGGCCAAACGUUCAAACGCUAGAGCCAAAUUCAUAGGUAGAAAAUAAAUGAAACAUGCCACACUGGCUUUAGAAAUCGCAGCCUGCCCGCCUGCUCAGAGGCGCCCGCAUGGUCCUAAAGCAUACCAUCUGCUUUUUGUGUCGCAGUGCAAUUAUAAAACUGGGGGGGGGGGACAAAAAUGCAAUUUCUGAAUGUCGGGGGGACAUGUCGCCCCCCCGUCCCUAGUGAAAGUUGUGCCCCUGCAUAGCUUUGAAGAGUCAAUUAAUUCUGAUUGGCAAGAUCAAACUUAUCUUACAGCUUAUCCUCUUUCAAUUUGUUGCUUUCCUUAUGUAUUUGCUUUUUAAUAACUUUCUCAUUCCUGUUUUUCAGAAAGCCAUAGAUCUGGCCAGCAAGGCGGCCCAGGAGGAUAAAGCUCAGAACUACGACAAGGCCCUGCGUCUAUACCAACACGCUGUUCAGUACUUCCUACACGUAGUAAAAUGUAUGCUUUAAGACAAUGAGAUAUUUGCAUACUGCUCUUUCCUCUUUUAGAGUUGUAAUAGUCUCUGGGUUGUUCUGUCCAUUGAUUUGUGUGGAUUUGUUUAUCACCCUAAAGGUCCUCUGUCCAGUGGCCAUUUUUACUUGUUAGCAGAAUGCAUCAUUUUUCCAUUUAACACAGGCCAGGGGGGAUUACUGUAAUUGUGAUUAUUUUCUAAAUAAUAACAGAUACUUGAGACAGUAUUUAAUACAAUCCUUGCAUUUGUCUCCUGCCAGAUGAAGCCCAGGGUGACAUGGCCAAACAGAGCAUCAGGGCCAAGUGUGCUGAGUACCUUGACAGAGCAGAGACGCUCAAAGAAUACCUGAAGAAGAAAGAGAAGGCUCCUCCCACCAAGCCUGUGAAGGAGUCCCAAGCUGACGACAAAGGGUGUGUGUGUGCGCAGUCUUUGUUCAUGCAAUGAGGAUUGGCUAUGAGUGUGUGUGUGUUGUCCAGAGUAAUUAGUUGGAUCAAAAACAUCUGUUGUGGUUCUGUACACUCUUGUGCUCUUCAGCUUAAUUAAGAUGGAUUAUGAUUGUGCAGGAAUGAGAGCGAUGAAGGAGACGACCCAGAAAAAAAGAAGUUUCAGAACCAACUUUCAGGUUAGUUGUAUCACUGACAUACGGUGUGAAAUGUUUACUUUUGAAUUGCAUUACAACGCUCUGUCACAAUUUUAUAGUAUGCCAAAGGUUAUUUGGCUCAGUUUUGCUUUACUUUUACCUUAUCCGGUUGAGUUGUCUAAUAAAUUCAUUUAUUAUUAGGUUUUCACAUGAAUGUACAGUUGAAGUCGGAAGUUUACAUACACUUAGGUUGGAGAAAUUAAAACUUGUUUUUCGACCACUCCACAAAUUUCUUGUUAACAAACGAUAGUUUUGGCAAGUCGGUUAGGACAUCUACUUUGUGCAUGACACAAGUCAUUUUUCCAACAAUUGUUUACAGACAGAUUAUUUCACUGUAUCACAAUUCCAGUGGGUCAGAAGUUUACAUACACUAAGUUGACUGUGCCUUUAAACAGCUUGGAAAAUUCCAGAAAAUGAUGUCAUGGCUUUAGAAGCUUCUGAUAGGCUAAUUUACAUCAUUUGAGUCAAUUGGAGGUGUACCUGUGGAUGUAUUUCAAGGCCUACCUUCAAACUCAGUGCCUCUUUGCUUGAUAUCAUGCAAAUCAAUCCCAGAACAACAGCAAAGGACCUUGUGAAGAUGCUGGAGGAAACAGGUACAAAAGUAUCUAUAUCCACAGUAAAACGAGUCCUAUAUCGACAUAACCUGAAAGGCCGCUCAGCAAGGAACAAGCCACUGCUCCAAAACUACCAUAAAAAAGCCAGACUACGGUUUGCAACUGCACAUGGGGACAAAGAUCGUACUUUUGGAGAAAUGUCCUCUGGUCUGAUGAAACAAAAAUAGAUCUGUUUGGCCAUAAUGACCAUCGUUAUGUUUGGAGGAAAAAGGGUGGGCUUUCAAGCCGAAGAACACCAUCCCAUCCGUGAAGCACGGGGGUGGCAGCAUCAUGCUGUGGGGGUGCUUUGCUGCAGGAGGGACUGGUGCACUUCACAAAAUAGAUGGCAUCAUGAGGAAGGAAAAUUAUGUGGAUAUAUUGAAGCAACAUCUCAAGACAUCAGUCAGGAAGUUAAAGCUUGGUCGCAAAUGGGUCUUCCAAUUGGACAAUGACCCCAAGCAUACUUCCAAAGUUGUGGCAAAAUGGCUUAAGGACAGCAAAGUCAAGGUAUUGGAGUGGUCAUCACAAAGCCCUGACCUCAAUCCUAUAGAUACUUUGUGGGCAGAACUGAAAAAGCGUGUGCGAGCAAGGAGGCCUACAAACCUGACUCAGUUAAACCAGCUCUGUCAGGAGGAAUGGGCCAAAAUUCACCCAACUUAUUGUGGGAAGCUUGUGGAAGGCUACCCGACACGUUUGACCCAAGUUAAACAAUUUAAAGGCAAAGCUACCAAAUACUAAUUGAGUGUAUGUAAACUUCUGACCCACUGGGAAUGUGAUGAAAGAAAUAAAAGCUGAAAUAAAUCAUUCUUUCUACUAUUAUUCUGACAUUUCACAUUCUUAAAAUAAAGUGGUGAUCCUAACUGACCUAAGACAGGGAAUUUUUACUAGGAUUACAUUUCAUGAAUUGUGAAAAACUGAGUUUAAAUGUAUUUGGCUAAGGUGUAUGUAAACUGUAUCUGAUCAUUUUCCUUUUAUGUGAAAUUUUUUGUAUGUUCCCAUCAUACUGGAUUUUGUUUUUUAGGUGCCAUCGUUAUGGAAAAGCCAAACAUCAAGUGGAAUGAUGUUGCCGGGUUAGAGGGAGCCAAGGAGGCCCUGAAAGAAGCUGUUAUUUUGCCAAUUAAAUUCCCACAUCUUUUCACAGGUAAGCAGUCUUACUUGCAAAAGAAAAGGAGAGCCGCACACUCCAGGAGCUCAAAUGCAAUAAUUUAAUAACGGAAUAACGAGGGUAUAAUGAUGAAGACAGCUUGUCUGUCGAAACGUUGGUUAUUAGGUUAUUAGAUUAUUGCAUCUGAGCUCCUAGAGUGUGCAGCUCUCCUUUUAUUUUUCAAGUGUUCUACUCCGUUAACCAGCACCUCGCCUAAAUAGGUGUGCGUUUCAUUCGCCUCCAUAAUAAUGCAGUCUUACUGCCUCAGAUCUCCAGAGAAUUAAUGAUUAAGUCAUAUCAGAAUGUAUGAAAAACAUGCUGAAACCUCCACUAUUGGCUAAUUUCUUUGGCCUUUUCUUUGGCCUUUUCUUUGGAAACUACUGAAAAUAAAUGAGUCCAUCCAACGACAUUGCAUAGUAUAGAAUAAAUUGAUUAUUACCGUUCAUUCAUUUGAAAAUGAGAAACUUAGCCUAUUUCUUCCUCAUUGUUAUUCACGACCACUCCCAAAGACAACAUGUCUCUGUCUGUCAGGUAAAAGAACGCCAUGGAGGGGGAUCCUGCUCUUUGGUCCUCCUGGUACAGGAAAGUCCUACCUGGCUAAAGCUGUGGCCACAGAGGCAAACAACUCCACCUUCUUCUCCAUCUCCUCCUCUGACCUGGUAUCCAAGUGGCUGGGAGAGAGUGAAAAGUGAGAUUUUACUCUUAAUCCAGGGAAACAUGGGGGAUUAUUUGUAGAUAUAAAUCCAAUGAUGCGGUUUUAAUGUUUCUAAAUUAGGCCAAGAUUAAGCCUAGUCCUGGACUAAAAAGCAAACUCGAUAGAGAUUAUUUUCUCUACAAAAAAUUUUUAGUCCUGGAUUUAGGUUUAAUCUGUGUCUGGGACACCAGCUCCACGUGUCUAUUGGGGAAAAGCAUCUGAUCACCUUGAUGUUUUUUCAAUGCUCCUUUCUCUCCAGGUUGGUAAAGAACUUGUUCACCCUUGCACGGGAGCACAAACCCUCCAUCAUCUUCAUAGAUGAGAUAGACUCACUGUGCGGCUCCAGGAGUGAGAACGAGAGUGAGGCAGCUCGCCGCAUCAAGACAGAGUUUCUGGUUCAGAUGCAGGGUGAGAGCCAGAAAACAAUAUGGAGAUUAUAGUGGACUAUAUUGGUGUUUUGGUCAUAUUAAGAUAAAUUGGUUUUGAAAUGUUAAUAAGAUAUUUUUCUAUAGGGGUGGGGAAUGACAACGAUGGGGUACUGGUGCUAGGGGCCACCAACAUUCCAUGGACGUUGGACUCUGCCAUCAGAAGACGGUAAUGACACAUUCUUACACUGGCUUAGCCUACCAUCCCAGCUGUGUACCAAAUAACUUGUCCUUUAUGAUUAUUGACUGUGACACAACAGCCUUACAAAUGUAUGGUAACAUGUACCACCCUGCUAGAACUCAUUUGGGUAAUAAUAACGUGAAAUCACUGAAGUUAGAAAGCUGUGACUCAGCAGCACUGCUUUUUAUAUUUUUGUUGCUGCUCAGAACUACCCUGUCAGGGAUGUAGAUGAGUAUGUGUGAUACAUUUGGUACAACUUAAAGGCCCAGUGCAGUCAAAAACGUGAUUUCCCAGUGUUUUUUAUAUAUUUCCACACCUAUGAGGUUGGAAUAAUACUGUGAAAUUGUGACAAUUAUGAUAAUGCCCUUUUAGUGUAAGAGCUGUUUCAAAAGACUGCCUGAAAUUUCAGCCUGUUUUGGUGGGAUGGAGUUUUGGUGGUAAAUAGUUGAUACACCAAUACAAAUAAAAAGAGUUCCAAACCUCUCUGCCAAUAACAGCUAGUUUUCAGUUUUCCACCUCCCCACUAGGGCUGUUGCAGUAACCAUAUUACAGCCACACCAGCAGUCAUGACCAUAGUAAUAUUCUACGUGACCUUUGAGCCAUGGUCAUUUUCUCUUAUGCACUCUAGACAUGUUAGUAGUACCCAACUCGCUAAUCCAGGCUCUGUCGUAGCCGGCCGCGACCGGGAGACCCAUGGGGCGGUGCACAAUUGGCCCAGCGUCGUCCAGGGUAGGGGAGGGAAUGGAUGGCAGGGAUGUAGCUCAGUUGGUAGAGCAUGGCGUUUGCAACGCCAGGGUUGUUGGUUCGAUUCCCACGGGGGGCCAGUAUGAAAAAUAAAAACAAUUAUGUAUGCACUCACUAACUGUAAGUCGCUCUGGAUAAGAGCGUCUGCAAAAAAAGAAAAGAUCAUUAGGUCGCUAAUGGCCUAGUACUCAGGGCUCGAUUGUCCCUCUAACCACUCUGACAUCAAUGCAAAUGCCAUCGAAAAUCACAUCACACAACACUUAUCAUCAAAACAGUAUGCGCUUUUAAAACUCACCUCGCUGUGAUUGAUCGAUUUGAAGAAAGAAGUUCAACAACAGGUUGAAACUGAGUGGAGAACAUGGUCGUUGUGGAUGUUUUUUCAAAGCCUAACACAACAAAAUGGACAGUGCUUUCUAAGGUGAUGAUUACUUCAAAACACCCAUGUGCAUGUUCGAGCUUAUGCAUAGCAUAGGCCUAUACAGUAUAUGAGCCCAGGCCCCCCAAAAAUAAAAAAUCACCUGAAUUAAAAUAAUGAUUGUGCCGUUAUACAAUACAUAGCCUACCACAUAUUACACAUGGUAGAAAAUAUUUUAUUUUUAAAUGCAGAUUUAAGAUAUAAACUCAGCAAAAAAAGAAACGUCCUCUCACUGUCAACUGCAUUUAUUUUCAGCAAACUUAACAUGUGUAAAUAUUUGUAUGAACAUAAGAUUCAACAACUGAGACAUAAACUGAACAAGUUCCACAGACAUGUGACUAACAGAAAUUGAAUAAUGUGUCCCUGAACAAAGGGGGGGGGUCAAAAUCAAAAGUAACAGUCAGUAUCUGGUGUGACCACCAGCUGCAUUAAGUACUGCAGUGCAUCUCCUCCUCAUGGACUGUACCAGAUUUGCCUGUUCUUGCUGUGAGAUGUUACCCCACUCUUCCACCAAGGCACCUGCAAGUUCCCGGACAUUUCUGGGGGCAAUGGCCCUAGCCCUCACCCUCCGAUCCAACAGGUCCCAGACAUGCUCAAUGGGAUUGAGAUCCUGGCUCUUCGCUGGCCAUGGCAGAACACUGACAUUCCUGUCUUGCAGGAAAUCACGCACAGAAUGAGCAGUAUGGCUGGUGGCAUUGUCAUGCUGGAGGGUCAUGUCAGGAUGAGCCUGCAGGAAGGGUUACCACAUGAAGGAGGUGGGUGUCUUCCCUGUAACGCACAGCGUUGAGAUUGCCUGCAAUGACAACAAGCUCAGUCCGAUGAUGCUGUGACUCACCGCCCCAGACCAUGACAGACCCUCCACCUCCAAAUCAAUCCUGCUCCAGAGUACAGGCCUCGGUGUAACGCUCAUUCCUUCGACGAUAAACACGAAUCCGACCAUCACCCCUGGUGAGACAAAACUGCAACUCGUCAGUGAAGAACACUUUUUGCCAGUCUGGUGAGGACCUGCCUUACAACAGGCCUACAAGCCCUCAGUCCAGCCUCUCUCAGCCUAUUGCAGACAGUCUGAGCACUGAUGGAGGGAUUGUGCAUUCCUGGUGUAACUUGGGCAGUUGUUGUUGCCAUCCUGUACCUGUCCCGCAGGUGUGAGGUUUGGAUGUACCGAUCCUGUGCAGGUGUUGUUACACGUGGUCUGCCACUGUGAGGACGAUCAGCUGUCCGUCCUGUCUCCCUGUAGCGCUGUCUUAGGCUUCUCACAGUACGCAAUUUAUUGCCCUGGCCACAUCUGUAGUCCUCAUGCCUCCUUGAAGCAUGUCUAAGGCACGUUCACGCUGAUGAGCAGGGACCCUGGGCAUCUUUCUUUUGGUGUUUUUCAGAGUCAGUAGAAAGGCCUCUUUAGUGUCCUAAGUUUUCAUAACUGUGACCUUAAUUGCCUACCGUCUGUAAGCUGUUAGUGUCUUAACGACCGUUCCACAGGCGCAUGUUCAUUAAUUGUUUAUGGUUCAUUGAACAAGCAUGGAAAAGUGUUUAAACCCUUUACAAUGAAGAUCUGUGAAGUUAUUUGGAUUUUAACGAAUUAUCUUUGAAAGACAGGGUCCUGUAAAAGGGACGUUUCUUUUUUUGCUGAGUUUAUUUGGUGCAUAAUUGGUCUAGCCUAAAUUAAACAAAUUCAGAGUUGGCCAACAAUUAUAGUGAAUUUGUAUUUGAUUUUGAAUAGCCUACUAAUAGGGAUUUUUUUUUUUUCAUAAUUAAUAGGCUGACACAUUACCUUUUUAGCUACAGAAUAUCUCACCACCAUGCAUUUCCAUCUCCUCCCCUCUCUCCUUCAUUCCUUUCUCCAGUGCACAGAGAGGGGCUGUCAACAGUUUAAUGAAAUAUGUUUCAUUGUGAAAACAUGUUACUAUUGAUGUUCCCGAACAGAUUUCACUUGGUUCCCCAAAUUAAGCACUGGGUAGCUGCAGGAACAGGGUUGGAGAGCCCAUGGCAGAGUUUGGGCAGAAUAUCACCUGUCCCGCUGUGAAAUAACCGGAGUAGCCUACAAAGCAUGAGUGAAACGAACCAGUGGGAAAGUGGCCUCCAUUCGCUAUAGUAGUGCAUACAUAUGACAAGUACUUUUCCUCUUGCCCCUGUUCCUGCCCAUUUGAUAAUUCUAAACUAAUUUAACAUAUUGGUAAAGACUAGAUUAAAUUGAGAAUAGUCUGAUGGGUGAAAAUAUGAUCACUUGAUGAGAGAACAGCAUGUGCAGCCUGAGCUUUUUUUGCGACUUUCUCAAAUCAUCAAUAGCCUAUAGUCGCAUCAUGCAGCCCAUAUAUCUUUUGACCUCGAAGGCAUUCUAUGGUUUGAAUCAUUCACAACUGAAGUUGCCAAAUAACUCUAAAUCUAGUGUAUUGGACCAGUUUCAAAUUAUCACUUUUACGCUCAACAUAGCCACUUCAUAUGCGCACUUUCACUCUGGAAUGGGAAAAAUAUCCUUUCUAUUUUAUUCAGCUAAGUUCUAUUAUAUUCUUCUUACUGAACGCUGCCUGAGGAAAACUCUAGUAGUCGAAACGCGUUGCAGUUGUGCGUCCUGAUGUAUUUUGCUGACUGCUCCCAUAUCUAUUAUUUUGUAAAUAUAUUCUGUUAAUAGUUCACUUAAGUUUAUUGCAACGUACUGGCCGCCUACUCGUCUUCUUUCUUUGGAUUCUUCUUACUAUAAAAUCAUAUAAUAUAAAAUAAUGACAUGGGACUUAUAAGCAUAUCUUGUCUGCUAAAUGAACACGCCUACAGCAUGGCACAUAGCCAGAUAACAUACAGUAGGCCAACUCAUAUUCUGUUCUUCUGAAAUACAUUUUCUUCAUAUCAUAAUAUUUCUUUAGACCUGCCUAAAAUAAUGGAUUUAUUGUGAUGGUGUAUAUCAGUCUUUUGCAUGACAAUAACUGGUUGACAAAAUGUAAUGACCACCAAAGCCCUACUCCGCACUCAGACCACUCCCAGACAGUCCUAGCAAAAUUCUUGCUUGAGAAAUUGCUCUUCGCUAAGGAGCAAUUUGUUUAUUUUUGAUCAUUUUAAUUCAAAACAAUCACAGUAAGGUACUUAGUUGUUACCCAGAAAUGAUUUGAUAUUGAGAUAAAAACGACUCCAUUUGAACUUUUAAUUAUCUCAGGUUUGAGAAGAGGAUCUACAUCCCCCUGCCAGAGGAACACGCCCGCACCUUCAUGUUCAAGCUCCACCUGGGCGCCACCCCCACCAGCCUCAACGACUCUGACUUUGUCACCCUGGGAAAGAAGACAGGCGGGUACUCGGGGGCUGACGUCAGCGUCAUCGUCAGAGACGCACUUAUGCAGCCCGUCAGGAAAGUUCAAUCAGCCACUCACUUCAAACGGGUACGUCUCCAUAAUGACAACCAGUGAACAACAUCUGUGUAUUCUUCAGUGUUAAUCUUUAUAUCAAGCUAUGCCCCUUUUCUAUUGAGUUCUGUUAUUUUUAACACAACGAAUUGCAUUUGUUAUUGAAGGUACGAGGGCAAUCGAGAGACAACCCCAACAUCCUGGUAGAUGACCUUUUGACCCCGUGCUCCCCGGGAGACCCGAACAGCAUCGAGAUGACAUGGAUGGAAGUACCUGGGGAAAAGCUAUGUGAGCCAGUCGUUUGUAUGGUGAGUGUGCAAAAUUAAGUUAUUAAUACCUUAUUAAUAUAAUUCAGUCAUCUGUUUUUCUGCCUCAAUGGUAAUAUUUUUGGGAAAACAAGACUGUUGAAUAACCCUUGAUCAUGUCUCUUUUUAUUCUUUGCAGUCUGACAUGCUGAGGUCCCUGUCCAGCACGAAGCCAACUGUCAACGAUCAGGAUUUGGACAAACUGAGAAAAUUCACACAGGACUUUGGACAGGAGGGCUAAACAGGUCUUUUUUUUUUUUUUACCAAACCAAAGCAAAUAUUAGGAUUGUAUUAAAGUGUUCCUUCUCGCCACUCUCCCCUUCAGGCUCUGUUGGCUCAUCAGAAGUGUGCCACAUGACUGCUCUACUCAUAGAAAUAUAAUUACUAGAACGGACAUCCCCAUUUAAGUCAAAUCUAUUUCUAUGGCUCUACUGAGCUUGUCUAUUGGCCACACAAGGGGUUAAACAAAGACUGAUAUUUUCUUAGAUGCCCCCCCAUGUCCAAAGGAUUACGGAUCACUUCACUGCAAGAUGUCUGAGGUAGACUUGAUUGGUGGAUGGAAAGCUGCAUGGAAAUUAAGAACAUUGGUGUUACUCAGGCAUAUGUUCUGUGGAAUCUGUUGAGCAGCACCUUGGGCCGAAUCCUAACUUAAGUACAAUGCUCAACUCAAACAUUUGCAUUUGUCAUGCUUUGAAGUCAGUGGGAGUUUGAUCUAGAAGUUUGUGUUACCGAUACAAGCUUGUUAACCAAAUUAAGAUGCUGCUCAUUGUGCAGAGUGCUUAUCUAACUUCCCAAAUAAAUAUCUAAGCUCAGUUUUCAAGUACCAGUUGCCAUCAGUCAAAUUGCACCUCACUUUUCAGUGUAAGCACCUAUAUACUCUACAUAUUUUUGUACACAUAAGAGAUUAAAAUCAUUUUAUAGUAGAUACGUUAUGGAGAUGUAUGGCUCUUUGGUCUGGAGAGAAUGAAAUGUACAAUGCAUGCCAUUUAUACUUUCAAAGGCCUUUGUAGUCUCAAGGUGGUGUAAAAGACGUGUUUGGGUAGCUGAUGUGCCGCAAAUGUAUGCAUGUCUAGGGUUAGAAGAACUACUGACAUAACAAUCGGGAUGGAAACUGCUUUGGGACAGAUUUUAUAUGUACAUUUUGGGGGUUUUCCCCUUAGAAGAAAGGCUACUCUGUGGUUUGUUCAUUGUCAUUCUGAUUCAAACUGUCAGGAUCACCAAAAGUACUGGACCAGAGACACUUUAUAGUCUAGGAUUCAAUACUUUUCCCCCUGACCAUAAACACCAUGCAUAUUUCCCUGUUACUUCCCAACAUGAACUACUGAAAAGAGAUGGCUUACGGAGAUCCAGUCACACUAACAGUGCUGAAGAAACAACAGGGCUGAUACUUUGGUGUGAAUUGAAUUGUAGAGGUAGCCUGAAAUUGACAUUUUAGGCACAAAACAGCAUCGUCCUUUUUGUUAUGGCAUUGGUGGAAUGCAGCUCGCUUGAACUUACAAUAAUACCUUUUAAGAUGUGGCAAUGCACACCAUGUGCCUUCUAAACAAGUUUAGGUAGCAAGAUCAUAUACAUGGUUCAUUUAAAAUCAUGGAAGUUGAUAUCCAGAGAGACACAGCUAUAUUGUGUGUUUUGUCAUCGUUGCUAUGAAAUGUAAUAUAUUUCCACAUUUCAUGUAAACUCUCUUUUAGAGAUUGUAUUCUGAAGACAAAUCUUUCAAGUGUUGGACAUCUUUUGUGUGGUCUAUUUACCUCACUUUACUGUAAAAGUGUAGCGAAUGAUACAGUAUAUGAUGUCUGUAUGUAUCAGUGAGUGGAAAAGUCAGAAUGUAUCUGGUUUACAUGCAUAUGUAAAUAAAAGUAAUAUUGAGAA